AUGUCUAAUGUGAUUGGAAGGCGUAGAAGCCAGGAAGCAGUUGCAACAGUUACACAGCAACAGUUGCAGAUUGUGGAGAUCAUGUGGGCGUGGGAAAGAAGAAGUAUAAAGUUUGCUUUGUUUAAUUUGUUUGGUCUUGCUGAUUGUAACUUUUGUUCCAAAGAAGUCCUUGUACUUUCAUGCUUCUGCAAUGCAAACCAUGAUGUGGUCAUGUGCAUGGAGAGUGAGAGACAAGCUCUUUCUGCCUUCAAGCAAGACCUAGUAGAUCCUUCAAACCGACUCUAUUCUUGGGAAGUCGAAGAUGAUUGCUGCAAGUGGGAAGGAGUUGUUUGCAACAACUUAACUGGCCAUGUCCUCGAGCUCCAUCUUCAAAAUCCUUAUACUUCAUUAGAUUUUGAUUAUGAGCUUAAUGACUAUUGGUUUAAGAAGUCAGCAUUGAGAGGUGAAAUAAAUCCUUCUUUGCUAAAUUUGAAGCACCUCAAGCACUUGGAUCUAAGUCUGAAUGAUUUUGGAGGAAUGCCAAUCCUAUCCUUCAUUGGAUCUCUAGCCAAUUUGCGAUAUCUUAACUUGUCUAAAGCAGGAUUUGCAGGAACAAUUCCCUAUCAACUUGGAAAUCUAUCUAGCUUACAUUUUUUGAGUCUUAAAAGUUUUCUCAAGAUGGAUGUUGAGAACCUUCAAUGGCUUCUUAAUCUUUCCCACUUGGAACACCUUGACCCAAGCUAUGUGAACCUUACUAAGGCUCCCAACUGGCUACAGGUAAGUAACGAAAUCCCUUCUUUAGUAGAGUUACAUUUGUUUGGUUGCGAACUUGAUCACAUUCCUCCUCUACUCGGUGUUAAUUUUACAUCUCUUGUUGUACUAGAUCUUUCCGAGAACUUCUUUAACUCUUUAAUACCUAGGUGGAUCUUUAGCCUUACUAGCCCUAUUUCUCUUGAUCUAAGCGGGGAGAUUUUUGUAGGAAGGCUUGAAGGUUUUAGAGAAAAUGGAUUUCAAGGUCCAUUUACUAAGGUUUUCCAGAACAUGACUAGUCUUGAAUAUCUUGAUCUAUCCCAUAAUGAACUUGAGGGUCCAUUUCCUGGAAGGCUACCAAGAUUCUUGGGAAAUCUUUAUAACUUGAAUUUUAUUGAUUUGUCAACUAACAACUUUAGUGGGGAAUUACUUAUAAGUUCAUCUAAAUGUGCAAUAUAUGCUUUGGAGAUAUUGUCCUUGUCUGGGAGUCAUCUUUCUGGUCAUUUACCUGAUGAACUUGAACAAUUUAAAAUUUUGCGAUACCUUAGUCUCUCAUCUAAUUUGUUUUCAGGCAUUGUGUUCGAAAUUCACUUCACCAAUCUCAUCAAUCUAAGCAUAAUAUAUGCCUCUGGAAACCGGUUGGCUUUAAAGGUGAGUCUUGACUGGCACCCUCCACUUCAACUUAUAGAUGUGGAACUUGCUUCGUGGAAUUUGGGCCCAAAGUUUCCCAUAUGGCUCCAAUUACAGAAGGACCUAGCGAUUCUUGACCUGUCCUACACUGGAAUCUUAGAUGAGAUACCAAUUUGCGAGAAUGAGCUUCAAGGAAGCAUACCCACAUGGAUGGUGGAAUGGCUACCAGAUUUGAUUGUUCUUACCCUUCGUUCAAAUAAGUUAGAUGGCGUAAUGCCUCAAGAACUUUGUCACCUCUCCUCUCUUCAAGUCUUGGAUCUUGCUGACAACAAUUUGUCUGGAGCAAUACCAUGGUGUAUCAACAAAUUUAUUGCCAUGUCCUUAAACCCAAAUGAAAAUGCCAUGAAUGCUUCUCCUUCUCCUGUUGCUAUUGUUGCUUUUGCUCCCACUAGUCGCAUAGAUUUCACAAAGAAUGAAGUUUUGGUGACAAAAGGAAGAACAUAUCAAUCUGACGAGACUCUUCCUCUUGUGACUAUCUUAGACCUUUCGAAGAACAAUAUAUCUGGAAAGAUCCCCGAGGAACUAACUACUCUCUAA